CAUUAACAAUGUGAGGAGCUGCUUAUAAAUACGAGCUUUAGUUCUUCAGUUUAGUGCAUAUCCAUAGCACCCAGCACGAAGACAGGACUUUAGAAACCUCAACAAGACCAUUUAUUACUUUUAUAUCUAUCUAAGUAAUUGUAAAGAUGAUCCAUUGUGAUGUUGCACUAGAAGCUUUGACUGCACUCUGCAAUGCCAAUGUAACUUGUCCUCAAAACCAAUCAAAAUCUGUUCAUCAAAGAGACAUAAGCGGUGGUUGUCGAGCAGCACAGGAGCCCCUCCACAUCAAUAAUUUCAUCCAUACAAUCUUGAAGGGAGAUGAAACCUGCCAGGUGUCAAGAUGCAACUUUUUCCACCUCCAAAGCUUCUUGCAAUGUGGUGUAAAGGCACCACGCUUUGCCCCAGAGAUCCACGUGGACACUAAAGGAGUAUUCAAAGGAAGUUACUAUAUCAACAAGGAUGAAUUCUUUGAUCCACGAUUCGACUACGAUUUCACCAAUUUGAAAGACACAGAGUGUUAUUGCAGAGGUGGAGAGGUGUAUGAACGCCCAUGUGGAUGGCAGCGUUUUGCCCUCAAGGUUCUGGAUAAGUAUGAUGGAAAUACCUGGCUGGGAACCCAAUACCGCAGCACACAGUCAGUGCCAGGAGAGUGGCCUGUGUCCUACCAUGGGACAUCAAAGGCAGGUGUUGAUGGCAUCAUCGAAGGAUUCUACAAGCCAGGACCAGGUCAGGCAUAUGGCAGGGGGAUUUACUCCACUCCAUUCAUCGCUGAAGCAAUCUCAUACGCCAAAACAUUCACUUCCCAAAAGACGGGCAAGAACUACCUAGUGAUUCUGCAGAAUCGAGUCAACCCUGCCUACAGAUACAAAUACAACAACGACAAGUACUGGCUGGUUCCCAUCCCGGCAGGAAUAUCAGUGACUGAAGAACACAAGAUGGUGGAAAGGGCCAUCCGUCCUUAUGGCCUCCUGUUGAAAGAGGUCUAACAGGCUGAGAAAGGUCACAAGAAAACCCACAAAUUUGACCAUUUAUUGGUUUCCUUUGCUUUUUUGAAAAGCCAGUGGGUGUCUUGUCUUUUAAGCAUACUAAAGCAAAAAUACUCUGAUGGUGUCAAAUGUAAUGUUUCAUUUGAAUAUAUAGAUGAAUAUGUAACGUCAAUAUCACAGUUAUAUUUAGUGUGAAUAUCCUGUACUGAAAUUUCUUCUUCCUUUAUUACAUUUUUUGAUAACUUGCUUUUAUUCCUAAGCUUAAAAGUAGGAGUAAAUUUCAUGAAUUCUCAGCACUUAACCCUCCCUUUAACAUAUCCCUUUAAGACUAAAAUGGCACUUUGAGAAGCUUGAUAAAUACCAGCCCUGAUCUAUAUGAAAAAUUCUGUUAUUCUGUAGUAAAGCAGCAUGUUUGGCUCUAUAUUAAUACAUUUUAAUUGAAAAUGUUUGUACUGUGUUAGAAUUUCUGAUUGUCUACAAACCCUAGAAGGCCUAAUACAAAGAGAGUUCAAAUCUAUAUACAAUGAACGUUAAUAAAUUCUGUCUCCUAGUUGUUUUUAACAGCCAGGCCCAGGUCAGUCUUAUUGCAGAGGGGUUUAUUCUACUCCAUACAUGACAGAAGCAGAAUACACAAAAAUAAUUCCCCACCAAAAAGACGGGCAAGAUAUACUAAGUGAUUCUGCAGAAUCGUAUCAACCCACACAUACAGGUCAGAAUAAAACCCACAAAUUUGACCGCUUAUUUGUUUCCUCACUUGCUUUAUUUUGAAAAGCCAUUAGGUGUGGUGUCUUUGAAGCAUAAACUUUAUCAAUGCAAGUCAGUUCAAUAAACUCUCUGAUCUUGUAA